CCGGUAGAGGCAGGUCCGAAAAGAGUUGCAAACUGUUGCGGUGGAACUAUAAAAGACUUGUGACGAUCGAUCAAAGGUAUCAGUCAAACUUACGAGUUCGAUUACUUCAGUGUUUUUGUCAGCACAGACCUUUAAACAAACCCUUCAAAAUGUUCAAAUUGGUGGUGCUUUCCGUUUUCAUUGCCGUCGCUGCUGCCAAGCCAGGAGUCCUCCUUUCCAGCCCUUUGGUCAAAACCGCUGCUAUCGUAGCUGAACCAUCCCAUGUCGAAGUUCACGAACCAACCAUUGCCAAGGUCGGAGAAGUAGUCCAAAGCGUCCCAACUGCCGUAUCCCACCAAAGCUCAACCGUCAUCCACAGCAAGGCUAAUGUUAUCACCCCAAUUGUUGCCCCAGCUGUCAAGACCUACGCCGCCCCAAUCGUCAAGACCGUAGCUCCAGCUGUUGUUGCUGCCCCAGCCCAUUACGUCGCUGCCGCUAGCCCAGUUGUCAGCACCUACUCCGUUGCUGGUCCAGUCUUGAAGACCUAUGCCGCCGCUGCUCCUCUUGCUGUUGCUCACGCUCCAGUAUACAAGAGCUACGUCGCUGCCCACCCUGUAGCCUACUCAGCUCCCUUGGUUCAUGCCUGGUAAAUGAAAACUCGCGAAAACAAGUGAUGUAAUCUAGGACUGAAAUGAUCGAUUCUAUUGUUCGUAAAGGAUUCAAAUUGAACUAUUUGCGAAAGAUUAGGAUUGUGAAUAAAUUGUCUAUUUAUUGAAAUGAAA